AUGGCCGAAGAAUCAGAAAUCUACAGCAAAUCUCCAAAGGACCGGUCUAAAGAGUUCAUGAGGCCAUUCGACCCUUCCCAAGUAAAAAGUCUACAUGACUCGCAUUCUGUGGAGUUACGAAGAUCAAAGCGCAUUGAGGAAGCCACAAAAAAGCGGAAUAUUGAAAUCAGAGAGAAGUCAUGGAUUGAGGUAAAUUCACAUUAUAAACAAGAUUAUACAUUAGAAGACUUGCCUCAAUUUUUGGACGUUGUGAAUUCACAAGAUGAAGGGCAAUAUUUAUAUGUUGCACAGGGAUUGAGAAAGAUAAUGAGCCAUGAAGGUCAGCAAAUUCAGAGUAUUGUGGAUACUGGGGUGCUUUCAGUUGUGCUGAGUUGGCUAGAUAGGUAUGAUUUUCCCCAGCUGCAAUAUGAGGCAUCAUGAAUUUUUACUAAUAUUGCAUCAGGGGAGCCUAAAUGAACUGCAGCAUUAGUAGAAAAAGGGAUAAUAGAGAAAAUGAUAGCUUUGAUGAACUCUCCUAUUGAUGAAUUAAGAGAACAAGCGAUCUGAUGUAUAGGAAAUAUCUGUGCAGACUCAGAAACUACAAGAAAUAUCGUAUUGCAGUAUUCAGGCUUAAGCUUAUUGGUUGAUAGUAUUUUGACUUCACAAAAAGAAAGCUUAAUUAAAAAUGCGACCUGAGCACUCAGUAAUAUAUGUAGAACUAAGCCCUUGCCUGAAUAUUCAAUUUUAUGUCCUGCGAUCCCAGCGCUAUUUAAAGUAUUCCAAACUUUCAGUGACAUAGAAACACUCAGCAAUUGCUUAUGGGCAUUCGCCAUUCUUUCAGAAGAGUCUGUUGACGCAGGCCAAAAACUAAUUGAUUUAGGAGCUACAAGCAGAAUUUUUGAGUUUAUUAAUGACAAAGAGUCCGAACUGCAAUUGCCUGCGAUUAGGAUUGUUGGGAAUAUUUCUGCAGGGCCAGACCCACAAACUGAGUUUAUUCUUAACAGCCAAGCGCCUAUUCUGCUAGCAAAAGAAUUGAAAAGUAACCGAAAAAGUAUCAGAAAAGAGGCUGUAUGGAGCUUGUCUAACCUAUGCGUGGGAACUGAGGCACAGCUUGAGAUUUUGUUUAAGCUGGGUAUUUUUAAAGGAAUAAUCCAAAUUUUAAAUAGAGACUCAUUAGGAGUCCAAGAAGAAGCUUUGUGAGCAAUAAGCAAUACAAUUUCUAAAGCUUCUGCUUCACAAAUUAAUGAACUUGUUAAUUUAGGGGUGAUCCCUGCACUUUGCAAUAUGCUGUCCUGCAAUAGCAGUAAGCCGAUCUAUAUAAGCCUCCUUGCUAUUGAAAACAUAUUGAAAUGUGGCAGCACCCAUGAGAAAAAUGGGUCUAAAGUAAAUUGUUAUGCCAUGCAAGUUGAUGGAUGUGGAGGACUCACAGUUCUUGAAAAUUUGCAGUCACAUAAGCUGGAAAAAAUUUAUACUAAGUCAAAAUCAAUUAUCGAGACCUACUUUGAAAUUGAGCAAAAUGACGUUACAAAAUUCUUGAACAUGAUCGAAGACGCUCCGUUUAAUUUUGAUUAA